AUGAAGGACCUCGAUGACGCCGCCUACAACGGCCUGAUGCUGUCCGAGAUCAGCCGCCUUCGUGCCCAGAUCAACGAAAGCGCAGCGCGUCAACUCGCUUCAAGCCUAAACGGCGGAAAGCCCUGUGUCCUGGAGUACCCCUCCAAGAUUGUUGGGCAGGGUGCCCUCACCGGUUGCGCCAACUACCACGUCCGUAUACGGUUUGAGGAUGGAUCCCCUUCAUGGCUUAUGCGAGUGCCGCGGGUCACAGGCUUUGCCGUCGGCCUGCCUGCGUCUCUCGCCGAAUACCUGAUCCGCAGCGAGUACGCGACCCUGAAGUUCCUCGAGACCACCGCAGUGCCAGCCCCGAGGGUAUUCUUGUUUGGCAUCCCGUCCCAAGGAACCGAUCAUGGCGUGGGAGUCUGCUUUCUCCUCAUGGAGGAGUUGCCAGGCACGCCAUGGAAUGGUCAGGGCAACGCCUCCAAGGUCUGGAAGGGCCUUGCCGCAAUUUUCGCCGAGUUGGAGAAGCACGAAUUCCAGCAAGCGGGGUCUCUACUCGUCUUGUCUCCUGAAGACCGACCUUCGAUUUCCGCCACCGCCAGCGACAGAUUCGUGUGUCUGAAUCCCUGGGGACCAUUCGACACAUCAGAGGAGUAUUACUCAGCGUGGGCCGAACAGUAUCUGACUCUGAUAGCGGAUGGUCAACUGUAUCCCCAGUUCCCUGUUGAAGCAUACCUGGUCUACCAGUUUCUAAAAGAAAACGCAGCCCAGCUGUCCGAACCUGAGCGUGUCUUUUUUCUGAAGCACGUCGACGAUAAGGGCGACCACCUCCUGGUCGACGACGACCUGAAUAUCACGGGCAUCAUCGACUGGCAGAUGGCCCGCAUCGUGCCGCGAAGAGAGGCGUUUGCGUUAUCCCUCGUGUCGGCCGACAUGGGAGCUCUGUGCAAUGGCCAAGUCUCACUUAGUGCCAAGGAUGCUGCCCUGAGCCUUGCUUUGCGCGACAAGAGCGCACAUCUGGCCAGAUAUACAGGGGACGAGAUAGUUCGGAGGUUCUUCUGGGGCCUGGGGCUUGAAGCUGAGUGGACUUAUGCUCUGCCGUUAGCUAAGGCCAUCCUUGUGGUGUUUGGGGUGGAAGAAGACUGGGAAGAAUGGAGACAGGGGGCAUUCAAGCGUUACGAAGGCGACGAGCGCCUAAGGGCUCUUGUAAGGCAAGUGAGACAUGCUCAUAAUAGCAGUCAGGAAUAG